AUGGACACGUCUAUCGAUCCGGAAUCUGAAUUAGAUGUUAAACAAGUGAAAGAAAUUCCUAUUGUACAAGACACGGGUACCUUUAAACACGAUACGGGAGAUGUUUACGAUGGAUAUUUCGAAGCCAAGAAAAAGGAUCGCAGCGUUAAAAUGCACGGGCCCGGCAUUUACACGACGGCUGAAGGCGAUGUGUAUUCUGGAAUGUGGGACGCCGAUCGUUUGGGUGCAAAUGAAGAGGUUAGAAUUAGUUUCGUGGAAGGAUCUGUAUACGAAGGACAGUAUAAGGAUUGGUCGUAUAGCGGCCGCGGGAAGUAUGUUUAUCCCGACGAGAGCGUCCUUAUAGCCGAUUUCAAUGACAAUGUACCUGUAGGAAAUUUAACUUUGGUCGAUCCAAACGGACAUAUUUGGCUCGGUAGGGCCGAGCAGGGCUUCGGAUGGUUUGACCCCGUCAAUCAUUUCUAUGACAUGUUGGAAAAGACGAGAGAAAGCAAGGCGAAGAAGCAUCGUAAAUCUGACAUCAGUUCCAAUACACUGCUUAUAAAAUAA